GGAUUCGGGUUUUAAAAAACGCGGGCGGUGAAGUGGGCGGAGCGAGCGAUUUGAACGCGAGCGGCGCGGACUGCGGCCAAGCAGCGGCUCCUGUGAGGCUUGCGGCCCAGCGCUCUCUGGGCUCCCCAGAAGCCAGCCUUUCGCCCCCGGACCCGGCCGCCCAAGCAGGAGCCGUGGGGCCGGGCGCCGGCACCCUCCGCGGCGUGCCAUGGGCCCGCGCCGCCGGAUUCGCAAGCCCGAGGCCCCGAGGAGGCGCAGCCCGAGCCCGACCCCCGGCCCCUCCCGGCGGCGCCCCUCCUUAGGCCCUUCCUCCCGUCAACAUGGUCGGCGGAGACAAGCUUGGCUAAAGGAGAUCCGAAAGCUUCAGAAGAGCACACACCUCUUGAUAAGGAAGUACCCCUUCAGCCGCCUGGCAAGAGAAAUAUGUGUUAAAUUCACUCGUGGUGUGGACUUCAAUUGGCAAGCCCAGGCCCUAUUGGCCCUACAAGAGGCAGCAGAAGCAUUUCUAGUUCAUCUCUUUGAAGAUGCCUAUCUCCUCACCUUACAUGCCGGCCGAGUUACUCUCUUCCCAAAGGAUGUGCAACUGGCCCGGAGGAUCCGGGGCAUUGAGGCGGGACUCGGCUGAGCUCCUGCACCCAGUGUCUCUGUCAGUCUUUCCUGCUCAGCCAGGGGGGAUGAUACCAGGGACUCUCCGGAGCCAUGACUAGAUCCAAUGGACUCUGCGAUGCUGUCUGGACUUUGCUGUCUCUGAACAGUAUGUGCAUGUUGCUUUAAACUUUUUUUUUUUUUCGAGAAGGAGAAGACUGCGUGACUUUCCUCUGUAACAGAGGUAAUAUAUGAGACAAUCAACACCAUUCCAAAGGCCUGAAAAUAAUUUUCAGAUAAAGAGACUCCAAGGUUGACUUUAGUUUGUGAGUUACUCAUGUGACUAUUUGAGGAUUUUGAAAACAUCAGAUUUGCUGUGGUAUGGGAAAAAGGAUAUGUACUUAUUAUUUUAGAUCUUUCUGUAGUAUUUACAUUUUUUACUAUAUGUACAUUUGUACUUCCAUUUUACACAUAAGGGAAAAAAUAGGAGGAGAGCACUUUGAGCAGUUGCCUGGAAGGCUGGGCAUUUCCAGCAUAUAGUCCUCUACCCUUCAGAGUAGUCUCACCAUUAGUGGCAGCAUCAAGUAACUGAGUGGACUGUGCUUGUCAAUACAUGUGUAGCUUUUCAGAAACUUAAUUGGGGAUGAAUAGAAAAUCUGUAAGCUUUAAUGUUCUGGUUCCUUCUAGUAAAUUCCUGUCAAAAUCAAUUCAGAAAUUCUAACUUGUAGAAUUUAACAUUUUACUCUUGUAAACCAUAGAAGAUGUAUCUUAUCAGUUCAGGAUUUUAAAGUACUGUUUCGAUGCCUUUACAGGUAUUUUUGUAGUUUCUUUGUAGAGAGAUAAUAAAAAUCAAAAUAAUUAUUUAAUGAAAAUGGA